CUUUUGGUAUGCGAGGUGGUGAAGUAGGAUUGGCAAUCACUCAGGCCAUUGCAUUGACAGGCUCAGUUCAGUGGGGUAUGAGACAGUCAGCUGAAGUAGCCAAUCAACUAAUGUCCGUGGAAAGAAUCUUGGAGUACAAAAAUUUGCCCAAGGAAAAGCAGCCUGAGCAACCUAAGGAACCGCCUAAAGACUGGCCUGCCAAAGGGGAGAUCACUUUCAGAAAUAUGGGUCUAUCUUAUGUAGAGGGCGGUACAUUGGUUCUGAAAAAUUUGAAUCUGACAAUCAAUCCAAAGGAGAAGGUCGGUAUAGUUGGAAGAACAGGGGCGGGAAAAUCCUCCCUCAUAUCUGCGUUGUUUCGACUUGCAAAUGUCGAAGGAGAAAUAAUUAUCGACGACAUCGAUACUAAAUUGCUGAAACUUGAAAACUUGCGAUCCAAGAUCUCUAUCAUUCCCCAGGACCCUGUGCUGUUUUCCGGUACUCUAAGAUACAACCUCGAUCCCUUCGACCAGUAUUCCGAUGAGGUCCUGUACAAAGCUAUCGAGGACGUAGAACUAAAGAAUCCUGCCAACAUCAUCAACCGAUUGGAGAAUAGAGUUAUGGAUAGAGGCUCAAACUACAGCGUUGGACAAAGGCAGCUGAUAUGUUUAGCUAGAGCUAUCAUCAGGAACAACAGGAUCCUAAUGUUGGAUGAAGCUACCGCUAAUGUAGAUCCACAGACUGACGCCCUCAUACAAAAGACAAUCCGUAAAAAAUUCAGAGAUUGCACCGUUUUAACAGUUGCCCAUCGUCUCAACACCAUCAUGGACUCCGACAAAGUACUGGUGAUGGACGGCGGUACCAUGGUCGAGUUCGAUCACCCCCACCAACUUUUGCAAAACACCCAGGGAGUAUUUUACAAAAUGGUGGCCGAAAGUGGCAGAGCGAUGAGUGAUCAGUUGCGCAGAGUGGCGCGAGAUGCCUUCCAAAAGCAGUUAUCAGUUCCUGAAUAGGUUUAGGUAGAUCAGUGAAAUAGCCAGUGAUAAGGUUAGGAUUAACGCAUAAAGAGGUUAUCACCUCUUCGAGAUUAUAAAGCUGCUCAAAUUCCAAACCACCCAUUUGUUGAGGACAGUAGUACUUACAUGUUCACUUCAUGUAAGAACAUCCCAUAAACGUUUGUAUCAUGGCAGGUCAGUAUAUUUUCAGCUUCCAACUUAACACCGAAUACAUGUAGCUAAACAAAAGCUGUGUGAUGGAGUUACGUCAUGGGAACCUGCAGAAAUUUUUCUCAGCAAGGACCAAUUAUUCAUCAGCGAGUAUAAAGUUUUGUAUAUUGUCAAGAUCCUAGACAUUCUACACAUGCCAAAAUAUAUAAAUUUUAGAGGGCAAACAGAUUUCAGAGGGGACCACGACUACCUAGAACUCCCCAUCUGGGCACCUAUGACUUUUAAUGUUUCAUUUAAAGUAUUUAUUAUAUGUUUAGGAAUGAUUCAAAUACAUAAUUCAAUUUCUACUAUAGAGAUAUCAUAUAACAAGAAUUACUGAUGCCAGAUGCUCAAAUAUUGAAAGAGCUUAUAUUGUUCUUAGAUACUUAAUGGUACCAGUACUUAAAGAAUGGUUUUGUCUUCCCAUGUUUCUCUCGUGUCUUCCUUAAACCGCGCAACAAUAUUGUGUGGGUCGGUACUAAGAGUAUCACUGUCGGUAAAUUUGCGUAUUCUCACCCAGGUCGCCACACCAUUAUGUUACAAAUAAUAAUCAUCGCAGUGUAUAAAAGAUACAUACUUGAUAGAUUUUAACUAUCACCUUAAUAUAUAAUAUCAUAUGCAUAUAUAUUUUUCUAUUGACUAUGAAAAAAAUAUUUUCAGUCACCAAUAUGCUAAGCCUAUUCAUCUACAGCUCAAACUAAAAUUUCUCGGCCUGGCUUGGCGGGUCAUAUCUCAGAUUGGACUUGCAGGGUCUCAAGCCGAACGGUUCACUUUGGAGACACGCUUAAAGUUUCAAGGUUCUGAGAAAAUGUGGAUUUUAUCCUUUUUGGCGGCAUUUCAAUUUUCUCGCUACUCCUGUCAUUGUAAUGCAUUAGGCCCGCAGUAUGUGACUCUUCCGAAGUAUGUUUGCCCAGAGAAUUAAAAAAUGGCGUUCAAAUUGCGAUCUGAUUAUUUGUUUGGCAGAUGUUUCAACUAAAACAAAUUUUUUGUAGGCUGAACAUUCGAAAACUUUCCAAAAAAAAAUCCACAAUAUUAAUGUAUUUGUUCUCGGACCUCUGAAUUUGUUGAAUAGGCCCUUAGAGCCAAUUUUCGAUAUUUUUGUGUAACAUUUACCAUUUUCAGGCUUACGGAUGUUAUUGUAGAUUGAACUAGUCAAAGAUGUAUGUUACAAAUAUUUUGACACAUUGCUUAAUUCAAAGUGAUUACCGCAGCUUUUGAGAGACAUUUGCAAAAUACCGAUAGUGUCGCCAAGAUGAGGAACGAUAUUUCAAAAAUGGUUAGAGCUACAAUGUUGGUUGAAUGAGGAGAAAGUUGCGUAAUAUAUCUUACAUGCAGCUUCCAUAAUUUUUCUGUGAUUUGCCAAUUUUGGGUUAUUUGAAGGAAAACGAGGUUUCGAAAUUUUGCAAAAUUACACAGUCAAAGCUACUUUUUCCUAAUUUAACCAACAUUGUUGCUGUAGGACACACUGGAGUCUGAGCUACUAGGUUUUUUGCGAAUGUCUCUCAGAAGCUGUUUCAGCCAAUGUUUGCCAAUAGUUUGAUCAAAAUCCAAUAACAUUCAUAUACCUCCUUCAGCAUGCUGAAAAUGGUAAAAUUUUGGCAAGAAUAUCGAAAACUGAUUCGAAAGGCCUACUCGACCAAUUUAGAAGCUCAAAAACAAAUUUCAACAUAUAUAGGGCGAUGCGUCAAAAAAAAAUUUUGCUGAUUUAUUGUUUUGGAAGGCUUUCGAGUUCUCAUCCCAAGUAAAUAAUAACAUAUUUCAAUAAAAAUUACAUUAACGGAAAUUAUGAGAUCGUAAGUUUAAAGCCAUUUUUAAAUUCUUCUGACAAUUUCUAUCUUUACACAAACAUUAAUUUUGUGCGUGUUUUGUUUCGGAAAGCAUUUGAGUUGUCAGCCCAAUAAAUCGGUAAGAAUUUUCAUAAAAAUCACGUUUGACUGAGAUAUCUGUCGAACGAAGUAUCAUACCGCGAUUUGGAGGUCAUUUUUGAGUUCCUUGGACAAUUUUUAUUCAAAUUGUCAUAUUUUACGAAGGCAAUGACGAGAGUAGCAAGAACAUGGAAAAGUUACCAAAACACGUUUGCUGAACGUGCAAGCUUUGUGCGCGUCUCCAUACCGAAUCGUUUGACCAACGACCCCAAAAUUUCACAAAACCUCAUGCAUCCGCGGGUACUCUUCAGGGAAAAAAAUGAGCCUCAUCUGAAAUAUGACCCGUCAAGGCAGGUCGUGGAAUUUUAGUUGUAAAUUAUGAACGUCAUCAAGCAAAAUGAUCAAGGUUCAAGAAUAAUGAAUGAUCAAAUAUGUUGAAUUGUAAGCUACUGUUACAAAAAAGUUUGUAUGUGCCUUUCAAUUUUAUUUUUCUAUUUUAAUCAAGCAAGCUCUAGAAUAUUUGACGUUUUGAUUAAUCUUGUGGAUAACAUUAAUGCAACUUAUCCAAUUUCAGGAUUAACAAACAUCCGGGUGUUAUGUCAAUAUCUCAAUUUUAUUACCCAAUUAUUUUUCACUAUGAGCUCGCUAAAUCACUUUUUAUUUCAAUUUAUUAUCGAUCGAAUAAUUUUGAGCCAUUAUUUGAAGUAAUCAGCCAAGUAACUGGUCCUGCGUGAGUGUAACUUAUUUUUGAUAGACUUUAUGCAACUAAGUAAUCAUUGAACUGUGGUAUACUUAAUUUGAAACAAAAAACCAGUAAAUAAAAGUAUAUAAAUAUGUUUUACUAUCUACACAAUACUGUUAUUUAGAUUAUUGAAUGUGAUUUUUAUGUAUGUGUAUUAUAAAUGUUUGUACAUAUCAGUCUAUUCGGAUAUUUUUAGAUUUCAUGGUAUAUACAUAUAGUGAUACUCUGCAAUUUUAAUAUUUUUAAUAAAAUGUCGUACUUAA